UCCUUUUGCUUUCCAAAUACCACGUCAAUCUCCUCUAUCUUCUUCUCCUUCUUCUUCUUCUUCUCAUAUCUCUCACUAAACCAAUGGUGAAGAUUCCGGUAAAUGUGCCCACUUCCGCUGAGGAUAGUGACUUCACGUGUGGAACGGCUAGCUUUUCCGAUGUCUUUUUUAGGUAUCUAGAGGACGGUGAGACGUCCUCAUCUGGGAGUUUCUGUAACUCUGACGACGAAGACGAACAAAACUCCUUCGACCUCAAAGAGAGUAAGGCGUUUUGGAAUUCUCAGGAUGAACUUCUUCAGACGACGUUACGGAGAACGACUUCGGUAGAGUCAAGACUCCGCCGAGCGACGGCAAUGAUUCUAAGGGAAAUAAGCAUGGAAUCAACGAUAUGCGAGUGUGGGACGUCGCCGUCUGGAAGCUGCCGGAACUGCUGGCAGAGAGAGAUCUGUAAUCGCUUACGAAUCACCGGUUUAAAUUGCGCUGUGUGCAAAUCGAAAUGGAGAAGCUCAUCAGACAUUCCAUCAGGGGAACAUUCGUAUUUAGAAGUGUUGGACAAUUCAAAUUCGAGAAGAGGGGAAGUACGGGUGGUGAUCGAGCUCAAUUUUAGGGCAGAGUUCGAGAUGGCGAGAGCAAAUGAAGAAUACAACAAAUUAAUCCGGCGAUUACCGGAGGUUUUUGUGGGGAAAGAGGAGAGAUUAUGGUCAUUGAUUAAGAUCUUAUGCACGGCGGCGAAGAGGUGUACGAAAGAGAAGAAGAUGCAUCUGGCUCCAUGGAGGAAGCAGAAAUAUAUGCAAUCGAAGUGGGUGGGGCGGAGGGAGAGGGAGAGGGCGGCGACGGUACCAUUGCCGGUGAGUUUCAGGGAGCGGCCGGCGAAAUCGAAGGCGUCGAUGUUGACAUUCGAUCUUGUAGAUAAUUUGGGUGGCCUGCAUUGUACGGCUGUUGAAGUUGUUUGAGGCGAUUUUGGUAAUUGUGCUUUGCUUUCUUAGAAAAUUGUAUAUAUAAAUCAAAUCUUUAUUUGUUCCUUUUUCUAAUGCCGAGAGUUGUUAAUCAAGUUGUGUAUUUUGUAGGUUCAAAUAAAUCUUUCUUUCAUCCCUCUCUAUAUUUUGAUUUUGAAAA